AUGGACUUUGGGGACUUGGGGGGAAGAGGAGAGAGGUACAAAAGGUUCCUGGACCUUCUCAACACAGGGAGCCUGCAUAAUGAUGCAAGAGCAGCAACCUCAAAGUACAGUUUGUUCAUUGUUGUAAGCUUCCUGGGGAUUUUGGCUCCCUGGCCCCCUGGUAACUGCAUUUGUUGUCUUCCUGAUUGGACAGAGAAAAGAGGCUGGUGGUCCCUGAGACUCUGGUCUGUGGCUGGGAUUUCCAUUGCACUCCUCAGUGCUUGCUUCAUUGUGAGCUGUGUAGUAACUUACCAUUUUACAUAUGGUGAAAAUGGCAAAAGGCUGUCUGAACUACACUCAUAUCAUUCAAGUCUCACCUGCUUCAGUGAAGGGACAAAGGUGCCAGCCUGGGGAUGUUGCCCAGCUUCUUGGAAGUCAUUUGGUUCCAGUUGCUACUUCAUUUCCAGUGAAGAGAAGGUUUGGUCUAAGAGUGAGCAGAACUGUGUUGAGAUGGGAGCACAUUUCGUUGUGUUCAACACAGAAGCAGAGCAGAAUUUCAUUGUCCAGCAGCUGAACGAGUAAUUUUCUUAUUUUCUGGGGCUUUCAGACCCACAAGGUAAUAAUAAUUGGCAAUGGAUUGAUAAGACACCUUAUGAGAAAAAUGUCAGAUUUUGGCACCUAGGUGAGCCCAAUCAUUCUGCAGAGCAAUGUGCUUCAAUAGUCUUCUGGAAACCUACAGGAUGGGGCUGGAAUGAUGUUAUCUGUGAAACUAGAAGGAAUUCAAUAUGUGAGAUGAAUAAGAUUUACCUAUGAGUAGAAGCUUAAUUGGAAAGAA